AUGACGGCCGAACCUGCUGCUAAGAAAAUCAAGCUAGAAUUAAGUGAUCCUAGCGAACCUCUCACUCAAUCUGAUGUGAUAGCAUUCCAAAAAGAAGCUUUGUUUAGGUGCAUAAACCGUCGAAGAGUUGAUUUUGAAGCAUUACGAAAACAAUACGAGCUUUCGAGGAGGGAGUGUAUUGAUGUUUCGCGUAAGCUGGCGAAUAUUAUGGCUCUCAUAGUAACCUUGGCUAGAUUUAUUGAAACAUUUUGCACGGACGCUAACGAAAAAAAAUUGUGUAAAGAGAUUGCUCAAGGUGAUGAGACGCUAAUAGUUCAACGCAGUGACUCUUUCAUGAAAUUAUUGACCAAGUACGGGAAACCUAAUUCUGUGGACGGUAAUUCUAAUAAUAGUACGUCGGACCAUAUUCAAGAAUUAACAACAGAGUUGAAAAACUUGCGGAAGAGCAAAGAGGAGCUGUUUUACCAAAACUCACAGUUGACUGAGGAGAUUUCUGCUUUAAAAGAAUAUUAUACAAGCUUAAUACGCAAGUACGAUAGGGAUGAGUCCUUUACAAUAAAGCGUGUUUUUAAAGAAGAGAAGUCAGAUGAUGCAAAGGAAAUACAAGAAACUAAAAGYGAAACCAAUGAUAAUAGUAUCAAGGCCGAAAGUAACGACUUGCUUACGGCUAAUGGUAAAGAAAAAUCCGGGAGCUCGGACAAAGGUGAUGAAUUCGUGCAGCAGGAAGAUGAAAGAAAGGAGAAUGCUGAACGUGAAAAAUUGGAUUUAGAUCUUAAAUUUUCUGAUUUUCGUUCAGAAGUAAGUUCUCUAAAGUCCACUAUUAACGACCUUGAGAAUAUCAGAAAAGAAAAUGAGGAGGAGCUUAUCAAAACGCGUUCUGAGAUAUCUAAUUUGAAAAAGCAACAAUCGGUAGUGGUGCAGCAAGAUCCAGGUAUCACGUCAUAUGAUCACGACUCUUUGCUAGCGAAAAUUCAACGUCUAACGGAACAAAACGAGGAAUUGUCGGAAGUCAACGGUUUCUUUCUAUCAAAAUUCCAGGUUUUAUCCAAAGAGAAGGAGGUGUAUACAAACCAAGUCCGAGAUGAGUUCCAAAAAAACCUUGAUUCUUUGAUUGAAAUGAACAAUUCGUUGGAAAAGGACGUUGUAAGAAUAAGAACAGCUCGUGAUGAUUUGCUAAGUAAAAUAGCCAUUCUAGAAGCUGAAAAAUCCAAGACUGAAAUAUUAGAAGAUUUGCAACAUGCCAUUGAUAUUUUGAAGGAGCAAUGGACUAAAACCGAGCAAAGAUCAAACAAUGUAAAUUCCGUACAGACUCAAGAUGCACUGAUGAAGGAAAUUCAAGAUUUGGAGAAAGGCUUUAGAGAAUUAUCGAAUUUAACUCACAAAAAGUAUUCUGAGGUCAUUAAUCAUGAAUCCGUCAUAUCCAAGCUAACUGUCGAAAAGACGAAAGCUGAUCAGAAAUAUUUUGCUGCGAUGAGGUCUAAGGACUCAAUUUUAAUUGAAAAUAAAAAUCUCUCGAAAAGCUUAAGUAAAUCGAAUGAAUUAAUUCUACAAUUAAAGGAUUCUGAUAGACUACUACAACAAAAGAUUGGAAAUUUACAUAAACAGUUAGAGCUUUCUCAAAAUAAUGAAAGAAGAUUAAUCGAUUCGAGUAAAACAGAGACAAUAAAAAUUAUUGACCUAAACAAUGAAUCAAUAAAGCUGAAGAGGUCGCUAGACAAACUACAAGAAGAAAGCAACGAAAGCAUUGUAAGCCUGACGCAUCUGGAAACUAAAUUAAACGAUACUGAAAUAGAAUUGAAACAGUUUAAGUCAAAAACGUCUCACCUAGAAGCUAAAUGCGAUAAAUUACACGAUGCACUAUUCAACAACAACAACAAAAACAAGGGCUCAAACGACGAGGCACUCGUUGAAGAGCUUGCAAACUUCCGUACCCUAGUUUAUUGCUCUUUGUGUUCUAAAAACUGGAAAAAUAUGGCCAUUAAGACUUGUGGCCAUGUCUUUUGUGAAAACUGCUGUAAAGAACGGUUGGCAGCAAGAAUGAGGAAGUGCCCCACAUGCAACAAAGCGUUCAGUUCCAAUGAUUUAUUAACAGUGCACUUGUAA